GGCUGCGGGCGGGAGCGGCGGGAGUGAGCAACGCGGAGCCGGCCGCCACCGCCGAGCAGCCCUCCGGCAGUCUCCGCAUCGGUUCGCCCGCGCGUCCUCCGCGAAUCGGCGGCGGGUCCGGCAGCCGAAUGCAGCCCCGCACCGAGCGCCCGGCCGGCAGGACGCAGAGCCCGGAGCACGGCAGCCCGGGGCCUGGGCCCGAGGCGCCGCCGCCGCCGCCGCCGACGCCGGCCCCCGAGGCAGAGCGCACGCGGCCCCGGCAGGCUCGGCCCGCAGCCCCCAUGGAGGGAGCCGUGCAGCUGCUGAGCCGCGAGGGCCACAGCGUGGCCCACAACUCCAAGCGGCACUACCACGACGCCUUCGUGGCCAUGAGCCGCAUGCGCCAGCGCGGCCUCCUGUGCGACAUCGUCCUGCACGUGGCCGCCAAGGAGAUCCGUGCACACAAAGUGGUGUUGGCCUCCUGCAGCCCGUACUUCCACGCCAUGUUCACAAAUGAGAUGAGCGAGAGCCGCCAGACCCACGUGACGCUGCACGACAUCGACCCUCAGGCCUUGGACCAGCUGGUGCAGUUUGCAUACACGGCUGAGAUCGUGGUGGGCGAGGGCAACGUGCAGACUCUGCUCCCAGCCGCCAGCCUCCUGCAGCUGAAUGGCGUCCGAGACGCCUGCUGCAAGUUCCUGCUGAGUCAGCUCGACCCCUCCAACUGCCUGGGCAUCCGGGGCUUUGCCGAUGCGCACUCCUGCAGCGACCUGCUCAAGGCCGCCCACAGGUACGUGCUGCAGCACUUCGUGGACGUGGCCAAGACCGAGGAGUUUAUGCUGCUGCCCCUGAAACAGGUGCUGGAACUGGUGUCUAGUGACAGCCUGAACGUGCCUUCGGAGGAGGAGGUCUACCGAGCAGUCCUGAGCUGGGUGAAACAUGACGUGGACGCCCGCAGGCAGCAUGUCCCACGGCUCAUGAAGUGUGUGCGGCUGCCUCUGCUGAGCCGUGACUUCCUACUGGGCCACGUGGAUGCUGAGAGCCUGGUGAGGCACCACCCUGACUGCAAGGACCUUCUCAUCGAGGCCCUGAAGUUCCACCUGCUGCCCGAGCAGAGGGGCGUCCUAGGCACCAGCCGCACGCGGCCCCGGCGCUGUGAGGGGGCCGGGCCUGUGCUUUUUGCUGUGGGCGGUGGGAGCCUGUUUGCCAUCCACGGAGACUGUGAGGCCUAUGACACGCGCACCGACCGCUGGCACGUGGUGGCCUCCAUGUCCACGCGCCGGGCCCGGGUGGGAGUGGCUGCGGUGGGGAACCGGCUGUAUGCUGUGGGCGGCUAUGACGGGACCUCAGAUCUGGCUACCGUGGAGUCCUACGAUCCCGUGACUAACACGUGGCAGCCGGAGGUGUCCAUGGGCACGAGGCGAAGCUGCCUGGGUGUGGCCGCCUUGCACGGACUCCUGUACUCGGCUGGCGGCUAUGACGGGGCCUCCUGCCUGAACAGUGCUGAACGCUACGACCCCCUGACCGGAACGUGGACAUCCGUCGCUGCCAUGAGCACCCGGAGACGCUACGUGCGAGUGGCCACGCUUGAUGGGAACCUGUAUGCCGUGGGCGGCUACGACAGCUCCUCACACCUGGCCACUGUGGAGAAGUAUGAGCCCCAGGUGAACGCUUGGUCGCCCGUGGCGUCCAUGCUAAGCCGACGCAGCUCAGCGGGUGUGGCUGUGCUGGAGGGUGCCCUGUAUGUGGCAGGGGGCAACGACGGGACCAGCUGCCUCAACUCGGUAGAGAGAUACAGUCCCAAGGCUGGAGCCUGGGAGAGCGUGGCGCCAAUGAACAUCCGCAGGAGCACACACGACCUGGUGGCCAUGGAUGGAUGGCUGUACCCGGGGGGGGGUAACGACGGUAGCUCCAGCCUCAAUUCCAUCGAGAAGUAUAACCCGAGGACCAACAAGUGGGUGGCCGCGUCCUGCAUGUUCACACGGCGUAGCAGUGUGGGCGUGGCGGUGCUGGAGCUGCUCAACUUCCCGCCGCCGUCCUCGCCCACGCUGUCCGUGUCCUCCACCAGCCUCUGACCCCCAACCCCCAGAGGUCUGCAGCCUCCCACAUGCCUUAAGGGGGCCAUGGCCCCCACCAGGGACAUCUUGCAUCUUCUGUUCACGUCUUUGCGUCCAUUCCUUCGUGUCUAUAUUUAGUUGUUUAUUUAUUUAGUUAUUUAUCUUAUUUAUUGAGGGGUGAGCAGUGCCGCAGCCGCCCGUCCUCCCCUCCACUGCCUGCAUGGCGGGCAGCCGGGAGUGACCAGGUGGGGCCUCGCUGCCCCAGGGCCAUUGCCUGUUCAGACCCUGCAGGCCGCGGAGCCAGAGGCCCUGGGGCUUUCCAAGCAGCUGCAGCCCCCAGCUCGAAUUUUGCACACGGCGGGGUCCCGGGAAGGGUGGGGAGCAGGUGUCCUUCCUGUUGUCGUCUGCCUUGUGCCAUCUUCCCUGGAUCUUGUAGUGGGUGCACACGUGUGCACUCGGGCCCCACACAGCAAUACAAGCCCAACUUGAACAAUAAACACAUUUCUGGGGCUCCUCA